UGUGCACUCAUACUACAGAGUGUUUUACUAACUAUGUAAAGCCCUAAAGUUAGUCAUGUGAUACAAGGACAGUUUAUAAACCAGUUCAGAUUGAAUCAGGGGGUAUUGUAACCUUUAAAGGAUCCCCCAGACCUACAGAACACAAAGGCAGGUCUUAGUCCAAAAAUGUCAGAUACAGAAGAAGUUGCAUAUGAGGAGAAUGAGGGUGUGACCACGGAACAUGGAGAAGAAGAAGAGGCAAAACCAAAGCCAAAAGCUUUUCUGCCACCCAUGGUCCCUCCCAAAAUACCUGAUGGGGAGAAAGUUGACUUUGAUGAUAUCCACCGUAAGCGCAUGGAGAAGGACCUGACAGAGCUCCAGUCCUUAAUUGAGGCACACUUCGAGAGCCGCAAAAAAGAAGAGGAGGAAUUAAUCGCUCUGUCCAGUAGAAUGGAAAAACGACGGACAGAAAGAGCAGAGCAGCAGAGAAUCCGUGCAGAAAAAGAGAGAGAGCGUCAGAACAAGCUGGCGGAAGAAAAGGCACGGAAAGAGGAGGAAGAGGCAAAGAAAAAAGCUGAAGAUGAUGCCAAGAAAAAGAAGGUUCUGACAAGUUUACAGUUCAGCGGAUACAUGCAGAGGACAGACAAGCGGGGAGGACAGAGGAAACAAACAGAGAGAGAGAAGAAGAGAAAAAUUCUUAGUGAGCGGCGUAAAGAGCUCAACGUUGAAGAUCUGAAUGCUGAGAAGCUCAGAGAGAAAGCCAACGAACUUUGGAAAUGGAUGUACCAACUUGAGGCAGAGAAAUUUGAACUGCAAUACAAAUAUAUACAUCAGAAAUAUGAGAUCACUGUUCUGAGAAACAGGGUCAGCGACCACCAGAAAAAUACCAAAGGGCCCAGGAGCAAGAGAGGUUUGAGAAAAUAGAAGACCAUCACCGGUGAAAUGUUUUAGUGUCAGUGUGGCAAACAUAACCUUCAUCCAUGACCUUCUUGAGAACAAACACGGUGGUGACAUGGCACAAUUGUGAUUAAAAAAAAUUAAGGAAACUGCAUAUGACUACAUUUGAUUCUAAGCAAUGUAUAUUCUUAGUAAAGGUAAUCUGGAUUUUUUUAAAUUUAGUAAUAAGUUCACAGAAGAGAAAUUUAUCUAAAUCUGAAUGACUUGAGCAGCUUUCUGAUUGUAAGAACGUCACUAGUUUGUCCAAUGUGACCGUAUUCACAUUAGUAACUACACAUCCAUAACCACAGUUGCACAUUGUAAACCAAUAAAUCAUGAUGAAAGUU